AUGAAUACUAAUCCGAAUUCUCUUGUCACUCAAUUUGUGCAAGGAAUUAAAUCUCGUAAUGAAGAUGACAGGUUUAAAACUGUGACCGAAUUAUGCAAAGUAGUAAGCAGUGAACUGAAAGAGGUGUCAAACCAAAACUACGUUAUAUGUUUGGAUUUGUUAUGUAAUGAGUUGAUUAACAUAUUUUCCACUGGUGAUAUACAUGAGAAAAAGGGGGCUAUAGUCGCAAUGGGUUGUUUAGCUGAGGUGGAUUUUAUGAGUGUUCACAAUCAUUGCCAACGUUUUGUAAAGCAGUUGCUUACUCAGCCAGUAACCACAGAUCUUCAGCUAACAGCUUUAGAAGCGAGGCUCAUCGGGCAAUUGGGCUUGGUAUUUCCAUAUGAUUUUAUUGAAGAACAAAUCAAGAAUGCUUGUAGUAUACUAUCGAAAGAUAUUUCUGAUGCACAGAAACACUUCGCGAUCUUAACUUUACGUGAAUUUAUUUUGCAUACACCAACAAGCUUUUGUCAACACAUGGGUUCAUUUAUUACAGCUAUUCUUUCUGCUCUUAGAGAUAAAAACUCUAUUACAAGAGAGUUGGCUGGAGUUGCUUUGCGUUGUGCGUUCAUUUUAACUGCUAAACGUGAACAGAGACGCUACAGAACAUAUUUAAGUGUGGACCAUAGUCGUAUGGGUGAAGGACCUGGGAGUUUUUCAAACCUUGAAGGUGGUGCACCAUCUGUUUCUAGUCGAACAUUUUUCUCUUCUAGUGGAAAUUCACGUCAUAAAACUAAUCCAAAUUCUAUGAGUGCUGUCAAUUUCCCUGGUCUUGGAUAUUCCGUGAGCGAUACAAACUCUACGUCGUCACCAUUUAUUUGGUAUCGUGAUUGUUUGAUCGAAUCCAUACGAGCCCAAAGCGAAUCAGCUCCGUUAAUUCUACAAGAGCAAUCAAGUCACACUUCCAAUUCUAGAAAACUUAAUCGAGACGAUUGGAUACACGGAAAUAUAUUAAUACUUCAAGAAUUACUCUUCUGUGUUCAACCACAGUUUUCCAAAUUGCUAAUGGAGUUAGACCAGAUGUGCGGGUUGCCAUUAUUUGAAUUUCUUACUGUAAGCCACAGUGACGGAAGCUUAGCAGUACGUACUGUACUGUCUACACGAUGGCCAAUUGUCAAUGCUUCAUGUAUUUCAGUAGCUAUUGGAGUUCUUCCUGGCAAUCCAUUUUGUUCAUCUGAUUCAGAACAAUUACCGAAUUUAGCACUUGAAGUACUUGGUUUACGAGAUGGUAUUAAACAAGAAUCUAACAACUAUCAACAACAUCAUGAACAACAACAAUAUGGACGACAGAAUUUCAGUAAUUUAUCUUCUGAGAUCUGUCGAUGCCUUUUAUUGGAGAAUACUGACAAAAUAUGGGCUUCAGUCUUGAUGUGGAUUAAUAGUCGCAAUCAUCAGAUCAUGUUUUUACUAUACAAACUGAUUCCUCGUCUUGUUGCUUUAAAACCUAGUGAAUUUCAAGAUACCGAACGUCAGCGUACUGUAAUGGAUUGGAUGCUUCAAUGUUUGCGUAAGGAAAAAGAGAAACCCAUGAUUUUGUUAAAUUUAUCUUUAAUUUGCUAUUUUAUGGGUCCUGAAUUCGCUACAUCAAACUAUCUUACUCAAAUUUUCCAAUCAAUUCGUUCUUAUCUACCAACACAAAAGGAUGUUUCGAAUAAGAAGCGUUCACCUGCCUUGGAAACGUCUGCUAUUUUAUCUGUCAGUCUUCUUACAAAAUCCCUCGGUCCUGCAAUUAACGAAUCAGUAAACCAGAUACUAGAUGCAAUGGUAGCAUCUGGUUUGAAUCAACCUUUAAUUGCUUCUUUUAAAGUGAUUGCUAUGCAUAUCCCUCGAUUACGUAAAGAAAUUCAGGAUUGUCUGCUAAACAACAUCAGUUUAGUUUUAAUGAAUAAUAGUGGAGGUAGCUUCAGUCACCUUCAUUCAUAUAUAACAAGUACUGCUAGUGGGGAUAGCACUGUAUCAACUCUAUCUUUUUUUCCGAAUCUAAUAAAUCUUGUCGGCGGAACUAUUCAUAGUGGAAGUUCUGGAACAAAUGUGCCUACUUUAAGUUCAAAUAAUACAUGUUCUUCUGCGUUGGCUGUAGGUGCUAAUACAGUGAAUUCCAGUACAAGUGCUUUCCCAUUGUCCUCUGCAACACGUUUUACUAGUUCUACAGGACUAAAUGCUACUGGGUCUGAUUUUGCUCAUGUAGCUAUUCCUGGAGGAUUUUCAGCUUCUGGAGAAUUAUCUACAGAUGUAGCAGUUGUGGCUUUGGCAUUGAAAACUCUUGGGAGUUUCAAUUUUGAUGGUCAUACUUUGGCACAUUUUGUUCGACAUAUUUGUGAGAAUUUUAUAUCAAUUGGUACAUGCGAAGUAAAAGAAAUCCGUUUGGAAGCGGUUAAAACGUGUGCUCAUCUAAUGAUUCCUUGGCUCAAGUCCACUGAAACACAACAAUGGUAUGCUCGACCAGCUUUGAAUACGGUUGCUGAUGUUUUAAAUAAGUUGCUGACUGUAGGAAUAAGUGAUCCAGAUCCUGAUGUUCGGCGUUGUGUAUUCCUAUCAUUUGAUCAACGUUUCGAUCUUCAUUUAGCUCAAUCAGAUCACUUAAAUUAUCUUUUCUUGGCUUUGUACGAUGAAGUUUUUGAUAUUCGCUGUUUAGUAAUGCAACGUCUAGGUCGUUUAUCGGAUAUUAAUCCUGCAUGCGUUCAACCUAAUCUACGAAAAGUUUUGUUACAUACUUUGAAUGAUCUAUCUCAUAGUGGUUCAACUAGAAACAAAGAACAAUCAGCUUUAUUAUUAGCGUGUUUAAUUGCUACAGCACCUAGAUUUCUUAUUCCUUACUCUGAACCAUUAAUUCAUAUUUUAUUGCCACGUAUUCGACAAGCUUUACCAGCAUCAUUACGUGCUAGUUUAACAGUGACUAGUUUUUCUAGACUUCAAAAUUCCACUUUUACAAAUAAUAAAGAAAUCGAUUGUUCUUCAUCUAUUUUACCACUGAACGUUUACCUGCAAGUAUUCAGUUAA